AUGGACGCGAGCAGCCUCCGCCGCCAGGGCCUGAGCCUGCAGUCCUCCCCCUCGCCGCCCUCGUCCCCGCCGUCCGCCCAGCCCCCCGCCCGCCCCCGCGCCCGCAGCCCCACCGCCGCUCCUGCCAGAUUCCCCAGAUCUGCCUCCCGCCCCACCUUAGCCUCCCGCGCUGCCUCGCCCUCGCCUCGCCUCCGCUCGUCCCGCCGCGUCAACUCAUCCGACACCUGGGAAAAAUCAGCCCCGUCCCGCCGCCCGCCAAGCUCGCAGCCGCCGGCCGCCGCGCGCCAUGGAGCCGCAGCCCGCCUUCGUCCUCACGCCCGCCUCCUCCCUCACCCCGCCCGUCGCCCCGCCCCCAAUCGCCGCCUCCACGACGCCCGCGUCGGCCCAGAGCAGCCGCCCGUCCCGAGCCAGGCGCAGGUCGCGUCGGUGGUCGCCGCCACCCACGUCCUCGGCGCCAAGCGGCGGCGUGCUGGCCAGCACGUCGUCCCUCCGCAGCCCGCAGUCGCCCCGGCCCCCGCCUCCUCCCUCGCCCCGCCCGAACUCGCCCCGCCGCAGCCGCCCACCACCAAGCGCCGUCGGAAGACGUCGUCGGUUGGGCCGAAGGGUGCUACGGUCGCCAAGCUCGCCGCGGGAGAGACCCCGGUCGUGAAGAGGACCACCUCCCAGAAGAAGACCGCGCCCGCGCCCCCAAUCGCCGACCCUCCGCCCGUCGUGCACGAGGAGCUCGACGGUAUGCCCGCAACGACGUCAUUCAUGGGACUUCUCCAAGGCGCGGAGGUGGACCUCGGGGCUUCUCCUCUCGAACCCUUUGGGUUUGGUGAUGACUUGGAGGAAGAGGGUGAUGAGGAGGAGGAAGGGGAAGAUGAGGAGGAGGAGGCAAUUGCCAGCUUGAGGUACAAGGAGAUGGCCGCUUCCAAGGGCAAAGCAUUCUCAUUUAAGCAUGUUUGGGCAAUUCUUCAAACUUUUGACAAGUGGAAGUUGAGGGAUCAAGAGACCGCACCCAAGAAGGCGGCAAUGCUUAGGAUGGAUGAUAGUGAUGAGGAGGAAAGGAACUUGUGCAAGCCCGAGGGAACCAAGAAAUAA